AUGGCUCUAAAUAAAUUAUCAAGACCAAAAAUAUUUCGUGUUGAUUAUUGUGGUUGUACAGCAGCAGCAUUACUUUUAAAUGAUCAAACCAUACGAGAUGCUAUUGAUUUUAUACGUCAAGUAAAAACAAAACGUGAUUUUAUUAAAACAAAUCUAACAGUAUUGAAAGAUGGUAUCAAAAUUACAUAUGAUGAUAAACAAAAGUUUUCUACUAUUGUACCAUCAACCAUGAUUGCUGCUUCAGCUGUUAGUAAAACACCGCAUGAUGAUACUGUUGGUGUUAUUUAUAUUUCACCAUUGAAUGGUCAACAUUAUCCAGCAUUUGUUCAUGUGUAUCGAUGUGAUUCAUCACGUACUGCUCAAAAACUUUCAUCUCGUCUUUGUGCAUAUCUGCUUGUUGAAAGUCAUCGUCUCCAAAUAAUUGAAUUAGAACAGCAAUUACUUGAUCGUAAUUUAUUGAAUAUAGAUUAUUUUAAUGCGAGAAAAUCACAAAAAACAAAUAUAGGUACUUCAUUGUCAUCAGCAAGUAGUGAUAGCCGACAAGAAAAAAUACCAGAUCCAAUUAAAUCAAUUACAGAAGAGCUUCAAAAGAAAAUUAAUUCACAAGAACCCAUUCUAUUUCCUCCGAAAGAUUAUGAUACAAUACAUGCUGCUCAUGGAAAUAUUCAACGAGCUCAAGCAUGGCGAAGUACAGAGCCCGCAAUUAUUGGCUACUCACCAAUUAAUUCAGAUGAUAAUCGAACACGACAGAAUCUACAGACGAAUGCUCUUCCAAUAAAUGACGAACGUAAGAAUAAAGUUGUUAUUGACAACAAUAAUGAGAGAUCUGGUUUACUGACUCAUCGAAGUGAUGCUACGGUUGAUCCGGUGGAAGCUGUUAGUUUGGCUUUCGAUUUUCUCAAAGAUGAGACAAGUUCAAUUUUUACUGAUAAUGAUGGUAAUAUUGAACAUCUUGAAAUGCAACAACCCACUAAACCACCAGUUUAUCGUUUUCGACCACCACAAAUCACUGCUGUUACUAAAAAAUUAUUUAAUCGUAACAAUAAUUAUGAAUUAACAAAUGGUUUACCACAAUCAAAUGCAUCAUCAAGAAAUGAUCUCGAUGCCUAUAACAAUAACAACAACAAUAAUAAUAAUUAUUAUAAUAAUAAUUAUAAUAAUAACAAUAAUAAUAAUCAUUUUAUUCAAAAUAAAAAUCGAAGUCGUUCUGAAAUGCGUUUAGAUUAUGAUCAACAACAACAACAGAAUUUACAUCAUAAUCCCUUUUAUGAAAGUCGUCUUGUGAAAGGAAGUGGUGCUGCAAUUACAAUGAAUCCAAUUUGGUCAGCUCAAUCACCUAAUAUGGUAUCUUCUCAACCCAAUUUAUUAUCAGAUCAAAAUCUUAUUGAUUCAACAGCAUUUCAUCGUCAAUUAUCUCCACAGAUGGAACCACGAGUGUCUUCUAUACCUAUACAACAAUCUCUUUAUGCAAGCUAUCCAGAUAAUAAAUCAGGUAUGAUGAGACAACAGCAAGAAAAUCAACAAAAACGACCAUUACCUACACAACAUCAAUCCAACAGAAAACAAGGAGCGCAAUCACAGUAUCUUGAUACAAAUGAAUUUAUUUUACGCGCAUCCAAUGGUCAACCAUUGAGACAUGUUCAAUAUCCAAAUCGACAUAUUGCAAGAGAUUAUCGACCUCAUUCAAUGAAUGAUAAUGGUACCAAUGGUGUUAUGCUUGAUGUGUACUAUUAA